AUAUAAUCUUGAAGUGGAGAUAACGUGAUAUGGUUGAAUUUACUGGCUAUUCUCAUCCAUCUAUAAAUAUAAACUUCCCCCACCAUUUCUUUUUUGGAGUAUACUUCUGAAUAUACAAGAUUAUAACAGGUUACAUCCCCACAAUAUAUGGUUAGCCAUGGAUUUCUUCUUAAUUGCCAUUACACUAGCUAGCUCCUUCGUUUUUCUAUUCGUUCUUUACUUCUCAACCAAAAGAAACAAUGGGCAGAGGAUCAAAAGGGUACCUGAAGCAGGCGGAGCAUGGCCUAUCAUUGGCCAUCUCCACCUUCUCACUGGAACUGAAUCUGAUCAGCUACCUCACAAAGUCUUAGCUCGAAUGGCAGAAAAAUAUGGGCCAAUUUUCGGGUUGAAGUUUGGUGUAUAUAAAGUUGUUGUGGUUAGUGAUCCCAAAAUAGCCAAAGAAUGCUUCACAACCAACGAUUUGGCCCUUGCAAAUCGGCCCAAAUCCUUGGCUUCUGAGAUCAUAGGCUACAACCAUGCCAUGUUUGGGAUUGCUCCUUACGGACCUUAUUGGCGAGAGAUAAGGAAAAUAGCCACUAUUGAAUUUCUGUCCACUCGGCGAAUUGAGAUGCUCAAACACAUAAGAGAAUUUGAAGUAAAAUCAGCUAUCAAAGAAACGUAUAACUACUGGCUGAAGAAUAAAAGUGGUAGUUUAAAUGGUGCAGUGGAAAUGGAGAUGAAGGAAUGGUUAGGAAAUGUAAUUAUGAAUACUAUGGUGAAGAUGUUAUUUGGAAAAGAGUGUACUGAAGGAGAAGGAAUAAAUAAAGCUCAUAAAGCAAUUAGAAGAUUUUUUGAGUUGUUAGGGGCUACUGUUGUUGCUGAUUUUUUACCUUAUCUAAGGUGGCUAGAUAUAGGAGGACAUGAGAAGGCAAUGAAAGAAGUUGCUAAAGAAAUCGACUCUGUUGUUGAAGAAUGGUUAGGAGAGCAUAAAAGGAGGAGGGAUUCUAAAGGGAUUAAAUACGGUGAGGAAGAAGAUUUCAUGGAUGUAAUGUUGUCCAUUUGUGAAAACAGAGAUUUUCCUGGGUUUGAUGCUGAUACCUCUAUCAAAGCUACUUGUAUGGCUCUGCUAGCGGCAGGUACGGACACCACGAUUGUAACUCUAAUAUGGACUUUAUCUUUACUCCUAAACAACUACUCAGCUCUAAAAAAAGCUCAAGAUGAGCUAGAUGCUCACGUUGGGAAGAACAGAUGCGUUCAAGAUUCAGAUAUCAAGAACUUGGUCUAUCUUCAAGCUGUUGUUAAAGAAGCAUUGCGUUUAUAUUCAGCUGCACCGCUCUUAGUACCACACGAGUCGAUGGAGGAUUGUACUAUUAGUGGCUGUGAUAUACCAAAAGGCACUCGCUUACUAGUGAACAUUUGGAAGAUUCAUAGUGAUCCAGAUUUAUGGCCAAAUCCUCACGAGUUUAAGCCAGAGAGGUUCUUGACGACACAUAAAGAUGUCGAUGUUAGAGGAAAUCACUUUGAGUUGAUACCAUUUGGUAGUGGAAGAAGAAUGUGUCCUGGAAUUUCUUUUGCUCUUCAAGCUGUGCCCUUUGUAUUAGCUGGUUUGUUGCAGGGAUUUGAACUUAAGAGGCCUUCGGAUGAACAUAUUGAUAUGAGUGAGAGCUUUGGAUUGACAAUCCUUAAAGCUUCUCCUCUCCAAGUUCUCCUUACUCCUCGCUUGGCCUCUAGUCUUUACGAAUGAAACAAUUGAUAAAGUGUUUGGCAUUCUCGGAUUGUAUAGGUAUAAAGUGGUCUAUAUAUAUCUCUGUCUUCCUCCCAUAUUUUGUUUUUUAAAAUACAUAGAUGGACACUUAAAGUUGCCACCAACCAUUAGAUAAACACCUUAACUUAGACAUCUCUUGUUGACAUAAGUGUAUCUCGUGGACAUGCUUUAAGAAAAUACAGUUAUUGUCAUUUUCUAGCACAUGUAUUGUCAUGAGGUGAUUCAAGCCACUUUUUAAAAUAAACAUCAAACAUAUAUACUGUUUUUAUCAGUA